GCCGCAUUUUUGGAAACUCGCAUGUUCGGCAGCAGUAUCAGUCGUAGGAUCAGAACGUGCCUUCCUUCAGCAACCUCAUCGAGAAGGCACUUCCAGCAGUUGUAUGCAGGCAUAAGCAAGUGUCAGGUCACGUCUGUUUACCAGGGAAAGGAAUGUGGGUCUACUCGAAGUGUCGUCCAUAGACAUGGGACAAUUCUUUCCUUAGUGUCCUACCCAAGACCUUAUUUUCAGCUUGUUCAACACCCAAGUCCAUUGGGUAGUGAACAAAGCAAAGCUCCAAUUCCUGUGGCUCCAUCACUUGCUGAUGUCCUGUGGGUGGCAAAUGAUGAGGGACAAGCAUUUACUAUACUUAGGACUCAAUUAUGGAGAACAGAAAGAAGUACAGCUUGUCAUGACCUAAAUCCAUCUCAAGAUGCCAUACAAAGUGUUCCAAAAAGUAGUUCACAAAAAGACAGUCUUGUUGGUCAAGCGGCACUCCAGAAAAUUUCUGCGCUUGAAAAUGAGCUAACCUUGCUUCGGGCUCAGAUUGCUGCGAUUGUUUCAGCGCAGACACAGGGAAGCGUUCUGCCACAAGCCUUUGAAACAUUCAGCAUUCCAGAUGGAUUUUACCCAGUGCCAGUCAUGACUUCUAUGCCAUUGUCCGUCUCUCACAACCACUUUGUGAUUCCCUCUCCUCCUCCGCUUCCUUCUGGUGUGCCAUCUGGUGCCGAUGCUAGUAAGUCGGUAGUUGAACUUAUAAAACAGCGUCGUGCUGCAAGAAGCAGUGGUUCAACUGAAUCAGAUAAUGCUGAGCUCCAGAGGACAAAGAACAUUCCCAGUAUGAUGGAUGUUUUGAAAGACCUAAACAAAGUUCAGUUGCGAGCUAUUGAGAGGUCACCUGGAGGUACUCCUCUUUCUAGACCCAAAAAGAGGCAAAGCUCAGACUGGGAUCCAGUUGCUCUACUGACUCAUGCACUAAAGCAGAAAUUCGCACAUAAUGAUGAUGAUGAUGAUUCCCUGGACAAAGAAAAUCGAUCUUUUGAUAGCUCCCCGUUUUCUAGUCCAGAGAUCCCACUGGUUGGAUGUUGCAGUCUGAAGCCAAAUGCAAAAUCUAGCCUUACAAGACCUGAUGAAGUUAAGCAAGUAUCGACGUGGAAAGUGAGAGCUCAUAUUUAA